GACGAUAUUGACACGAAGAAAGAUGCACUGAUAUCAAUGGAAACAUUACCCGGUUUGGAUAUAGAUCAUUACAAUAUUUUGUUCGUAGGCGCUAUAGCAUCUGGGAAAUCUAGUUUUAUCAAUACUUUAUCAGCAGUGUUUACUGGACAGUUUGUCCCGAUUGCUCAAGCCGGACAAACACCAGAGAGCUACACCAGGAAGGUAACGAAAUUUAUCAUUCAACCAAAGACGAAUGAAAGAUUGAAUUUAUUCAUUUAUGACAUGCCCGGAUUUGAGCACGAAAGAGGACUUGCAGAAGAGCUUAAACUUAUAUUAGAAGGAAGAUUACCUGAAGACUAUCAAUUUCAAGACAAGACGAAGCUUAACAAAAUAGCGCUAAAGACGAAUGCAACAUUGAAUGACCGUAUUCACUCAGUGUGUAUGGUAGUAGCAGGUGAUACACGUUUCGAAGAUUUUUCUAAAGAACAGUUAAAAAACAUUGGUGACAUACGAAAUACAAUUGCAGAGUCGGGUUUACCAAUGGUGGUUGUUGCAACUAAGUUUGACAAGCUAUGUCCAAAUAUAUUGAAAGAUUUUGAGCAUUUAUUUCAAUGCCCGGCAGCUAAAGAAACAGUUACAAACAUUGCUGCAUUCUUCGGGGUUCCUGAGAAGGAUGUGUUUCCAAUUAUGAACUAUCUCGAAGAAAAACAGAAGGAUGAUGUGAAAGAACUUUUAGCUGUAAAUGCAUUUCAUUGGAUAUUUGAAAUGGUUGAAAGCUACCUUCGGCACCAUAAAGAUCUGAAGGUUGCACCUGACGACUGGUCUGAGCGAGAAACACUUUUACCAAAAUUGAAAAAUGAAGAUGACAAAAGGAAGGUAAUAAAAUCAAUCUAUGAGAGUACUUUAGCAUUGGAAAACAAGACAUUAAGGAUUCUAGUGGUUGGACCUACAGGUUCCGGAAAAUCAAGCUUCAUUGACUCAAUAGCAUCUGCCCUUUGUAAUGAAAUUACUUUCAAAGCAGUGGGAAUCGGGUCAGCAUGUGCAAUGUCGGACAAUGUUACAUCUGCAACGCAGAAGUUUAAAUUGCAUGAUAUGGAAUGCUUAGAUGAUGGUUAUAGAAGAAAGAGCAGAGUAUGUUUUGGGGAUACCCCUGGCUUUCAGGACAUGGAUGGAAUAACAGAAGAUAAUGUCAAGCGCAUUAUCGAAGGGAACGUCCCGGAUAAAUACAAUAUCAUAAAUGGUAUUCAAAAAACGCAAAGGGAAAAUAUAAACGAACUACCACCCUGUGACAAAAUACAUUGUGUAUGUUUUGUUUUUGACUGCAUGAGUAUUCAAAAGGGUCUGUCAGAAAAGAUGACGACGCUCAUCAGAAAUUUGCAUCAAUUCAUCGACUGUGAAGAGUGUCCGCUGGUAGUGGUCUUGACAAAGUGUGACGAAGUCAGCGAACUUUUGCGGACAGAGAAACGUCGUGUAUUUACAGACAAGGCAGUAAAGAAAUGCAAACAAGAACUGUUUGAACGGUUUCGAUUUAAACAACAACUCCUCUUUCCGGUUGUCAAUUACGUUAAUGAAAAUAAUGUUGAUCUACAAGCCGAUGCACUUCUGUUAGCUGCAUUAAUGGAGAUGAUUAAACUCGGGAAAAGAAGAUUGGAAAAACUUGAAGAAAGCGCUGGCUAUCAAAGUUAUUAAGCUCUAUUAGCAGGACAUCUUUUCCUAUUGGAAACCCCGCAGUUGUUGUCAUUUGAAACGUUAUUAAUAAGAAAGACUAUUGUUUAUUUUCAUAUUUGCAGUAUAUCUUUGGUUUUAUCAAUAUAAAAAUGUCAGUGAUUACCUUUCGUAUUGAUAAUAUAUCAGUUGUGUAACGUGUUUAAGAGGAAAACUGCUUUUAGAGCCAGGUGACUGCAGCUGCAAGUCGAUUGCUUUACUUUGACGGAAUUUAAGCCAGGUGUACGUGGAUACCUGACUACCAGAAAUGAUAGUUUAACAUAUCAGGGUUGACAUAUACCCGAUUUUAUUUUCCUUCUUUAGAAAAUUUGAUAUGUGUAUGUAUUCAAAAAUAGAAUAUUGUCAUUUCACUGAACAAAAUAGGCCAUACCAAUUAAGAUACCAAUUUGUUUUCUCUUUCUAGAUGAUUGCUUUUGAAAUUGUUUGUUAGCUCGUACUUGAAUAUUUGAGUGGUUAUCCAUGAACUCACAAAUACUUAUGGUCCUAUAAACCACGACUGUUCAUUUCUGACAUUUCAGUAUAAUCAGAUGCUUUACAGGCAUGCAAUAAAAUCCAGUAUCUAUUUAACUGUGUAUUUCUUUUCACAUUCAUCGUAUUAUUUUACUAAAAAGAUCACUCCCUGUAGUCUUGACUUUACGAAUAUAUUUACUAUUGUAACUUAUUUUAAAAAGUAACAGACCUUUUUGUCAUUAAAAAUAGACAUGUAUAAAUAAAGGAUGUAUAUAAACCAUUGGCAGAAGAUAUUUUACGAAACCAUAAUUAUUUGAUUAUUCAAUGCUUGUAUUUCAUUGAAACUGAGAUAUACCAAAAGUUUAAUUAAAAUGUUUUUAAAUGAAAUUCUAUCAAUAAUAUUAUAGUUUUGUCAUGUUUUGACAGAGUAUUGCAAGGCUUCUUUUGUAAAUCAUUGAUGCACUGUUAUUUAUAUAUAUCUAUUUUCUAAUGAUAUAGGCCAAAUUAUAUGUUGCUUCUUUAAAAUGUAGAACAACUUUUUACUGACAUUGUUAUUUGAUUUAAAGUAUUCAAUUAUUAAAUUUUGUAAAUGUUACACCUAAUUUAAAAACGAAACUAUUUCAUCAGCACAGCAACCACACAUGACUACAUUUCAUUUUUCAAGUGUAUGUUGAUAAAUCAAACGUCCACAUGGCAUGUAUUUAAAUCAGAACAACAGGCAAUGUGUGCUGUUUCAUUGCCUGAUGUACUAUGAGACUUUCUUGACAAGGCCCACGUUUUGUUUGAUAGUAUACAAUUUUUCUAAACAUUAUCAUGUUUA